AUGAGUUUUUUCCUGUGCGCUCCGGCUCGUCCGCUGGUGACUGGUGCUGCGGCUGUACUACGAAGGGCGGAGAAGCCAUUUCGACAGUCGGCAAUUCUUGGUGUGGCCGGGUCGACCUCGCGAUGGAUGUCAAUUCUCGGUAGUCGGCAGCCAUGGUCGAUACACCAUAAGCAUUCGGCCGCUUGGCGCCAGGCAUCGGUCACGGCCCAACCACAUUGCUGCCAAAGGACCUUGUUUUCUUACCACAGAAUAAGGGACUACGAGCAGCUACCGAAAGACUACCAGGAUAAGAUCGGGCUGCCAUUCAGCAGUAAGGAUAUCACGCAGACCGAGGUGCAGCGCAUCUUUGGUACCGGUAUGAAGACGGAUGCCGCGAAUUACCUGCUGCGGGUGCUCCACGGCCGCCGCAUAGCUGGCACGCUCGACGACCCCGCGUACGCCGUCAACACGAUGCAGUUUACAGACAAGCAGGUGGCAAGAGCCCUGGCUUACUUACGGAAAAAGGUACCGGUCGAAGAGGUUCGCAACGCAGGGCUGCGCGCCGAGGACGAGCUGGCACAGAUGGAGGAAUUGGCCAUCGCAAAACAGGCGAAGGAGGGCAAGGCCGAUGACUCAAUAGCGGAUGUCGAGACAAGGGUGCCAUAUACGGAGGACCCAAUCUACGGACACAGCACAUUCGACCAGAUCAGAGCAACGAAUCGAGCGAAGCAAAAAGCAAGAGAUUUGGCGGAGGCAAAGGAGCGGCAGGAAAGAGAAGAGCGCGAAGGCAUUGUCUCGGGCACGCUGGCAGAGCGGGAUCAAGUUGAUAUCGGCGGCAAGACGAGAGCGAUCACCAACCCCAAAAUCCAAGCAUACUACGAUGCAGCGCAAUCGGACCUGGAAGAGCCGCCACAAAUGUCGGCAGCAGCAAGAAUAUUGCCGUCUGCUGUAAUCACAGCGCUGGUACUCGGGCUCUUGGCUGCUAUUAGCAUGGUCUACGAAGAGCCAGCGGAUCGGUACCGUCUGAUUCCCGAGCUGUCAACGUCGCAGGCGACCGUGGCGGUGCUCGUCGGCGUCAACCUGUUGGUGUACAUGGCAUGGAAAGUGCCGCCACUGUGGAAGUACCUCAACAGGUCAUUUAUAGUAUCCGUCGCAACACCGCGCCCAUUGGCCAUGUUUACGACCAUAUUUUCGCACCAGACGCUAAGUCACCUGCUGGCCAAUAUGCUGCCAUUGAUGCUUGUUGGUCCUGUGCUGCACGACGAAAUGGGGCGGGCUAGCUUUCUAACACUAUUCUUUGCGUGCGGCUCGCUGAGUUUUGUCGGGUCGCUGGCAACGUAUACGCUGCGCGGCAUGCUCGGCACAACGACGAUUGGCGGGUCGGGCGCAAUGCUGGGCUUAUGUGCGGCCUACUUUUGGGAGCACCGCAUGGACGGUUUCAAAUUCCUCGGGCUGCCGGAGAAUGGCGUCCACGGGAUCAUAUUUUUGGCAGGCCUGCUGGCGCUUCAGCUCGCGGGAAUAGGCAAGGCCUUGUCGCGCAAGAUUGACCUGGCGAGCCAUCUGGCAGGCUUCGCAGCAGGCAUGGCGGGCAUCGAAGCGCUCCAGCGGACGAAAAGACAGAGGCACCAUAACGAGGGCGAAGGAAGGAGCGUAAUUGAAGUUUUUCUCUGGCUGAAGCCGUGGCUGCAGUCGCGUGUGGAGGCGAACCGAGCAGCAGCAGCAGCAGCAGCAGCGGCCGCAGCCGCGGCUGAUGGGGCGAAGAAGAGGUGA